CUUAUUUUUAACAUUUUUCAAAACCUAUUUGUAAGUGUAAAAUCCAUUUACAAGUAAGAACCUUUUUCUUUUUCAAGUAAUAUUAUUGAAUAUUUUAUAGUUUAUUCCUCUAAAAAAUGUGAAAUCGUAUCAUAAGAUAAUAAUAUAAAAGGUCAAAUUUUAUAAAACUUUUUUUAUAAAUGAUUUUAGUUAUGGAGACACAAAUGAUCAGUGGAAUAAAUGACAACAAAAAUGAAUGGACAUGUAAGGUUAGAGUUGUGGAGAAACGGAACAUCAAACACUCAAGGACGAGCCCUAACUAGUACAGACCUUUUAUAUUGCAGGAUGAGGAGAUUUCAUGGCCAUUGUGAUUCAGAGAAGCCGGGAUAUAACAUCCCUUUUAGAGAGUGGGCGACACCCAAUAAUUUUGGGUAAAAGGGUGACCGUUACUCCCUUCAAUGGUGUGUCACUCUCCACAAGAUAUGAUUCCGUAUUUGAAGUUAAUCAUUCAGAUCCCACUUGGGAUCGGUUGAGAAAAUGGAGGGAUGAAAGCUUGGAGCUUAUGAAGAAUAACAUUGAAGCAAAGGCAUAUAAAAAUGCCGUAAUAGCACUUGCUUAUCCGCCUGAGCGUUCGAAGGUCAAAAUUGGCGACAUUUCAAAAUCAAUUUCCCCGGUAAACAUCACACAUUCAAAUUAAAUUACCGUAAUAAAAUCUUUACAGUUAUCUGCCACGUUUAACCUUACGUUUAAGGCAAAGGGGUAUGGGUUACAACUGAUAUCAAAAUCCUUGAUAAUGAGGCCACCUACUAUACUGGAUGUGAUUAUUGAGAAAUAAUUUUUUUUCAUAUAUUGAGGAUAAUAUUUACAAAAUUUGAUCAAAAGUAUCAAAUUAGAUGACUAUAUCUGAACGAAAGGAGUGUUAUGGAAGAAUUUUGACAUUAAAUGAAAUUUUAUGCAAUUGAGUAAAAACUAAAAUUUAUAUUUGUGACUAACAAAGAUUUUUAGAAUCAAGUUCCACAUAAUUAUAUAAUACUUAAAAAGUUUAUUGAUAGAGUUUUAAAUGAAUAUAUUAAACAAAUAUACACGCAGUAUUUAAAUUUUUUAAAAUUUCCUAAACAAUUUUUCUAUACCCUUCACUUUUUAAUAUUAAAUAAUAAUUAUUUUAUACUAUUGGGUGCAUAUGAACCUUACAAUAACAGGCUUAAGUUGGCUUUAGUAGGGUGCAUUGUGAUUUUUUUGGGAGGCAGAUGCUGAAUUGAAGGUGAGUGCAUGACUGUUUUUUAAUUGUUGACUGGGUCAGGCCUUGGGGCAACCUUUCAUCAUUGGGCUUGAUGUGGGCCUUUAGUUAUGGCCGUUACUGUUGGGGUUCAAACCUUAGGCCAAAAUUUGGGUUUGGGGAUUUUGUUUCUUCAAUGGCUAGGUAGCUAUGUAGUUAUGGAUGAUGGCUUUGUAUUUCAAUCCUUGGGUUUUUUGUUCAUGAGUUUGGGUUGGCUGUUUAGCUUUAGUGAAUGAACUUUGGUGAUGGUAUAGGCUGACUUGGUACUUCCUAGAGCUAGAAUAGAUUUGGAUUUUGAAUCUAGGAUUGACUUUGAUGGUUGGUAGCUAGACAAGGUUUUGGAUUCUUUGGGAGAUGCUUGUAGUGUCCAUAUAUUUACUUAAGGACUGUGAUAUCCAUAUUUGGUUACACAGGACCAUUGCUGGUCACACAAGCCAAGUGGUGCCUGGAGCAGAUUGUUCUUCUGUUUAUGAAGCCAACUAUGGUAAAUAGGUUAUUAUUAUCCUAAAAAUUCUACUAAUACCCUUUAGUUGUAGUCCAAAAAAACAUUGGAUUGGGCUGAACAAAUGAAAUCGUGAAAUGUUG